CCGCAGAUGAUAAGAAAAGCGGGUUAUCCCGCGGAGACUCACGUUAUACAGACGGAGGAUGGUUAUCUCUUAACACUUCAUCGUAUCCCAGGUGACACGGAUCAGCCACCCGUGUUGUUGCAGCAUGGUCUCUUGUGCAACUCCGCUCUCUGGGUCAUUUCCGGCAAGGAUAAAGGACUUGCUUUUAUAUUGGCCAAUCAGGGAUACGACGUUUGGCUGGGCAAUUUUCGUGGAAAUGUUUAUUCGAGGACGCAUGUUUCUUUAUCUCCAUCGGAUUCAAAAUUUUGGAAUUUCAGCUUUCACGAAAUGGGCAUUUACGAUUUACCCGCGACGAUCUCGUAUAUCAAGGAUACGACAUCGCAACCAUUGUAUUCGUACAUUGGUCUCUCGAUGG